UGCCCUGGUACGCGAGGUGUCCACCCUACCGACUACCGUAGCCUAGUCCGUCCCAUCCGUGUGGUGUGACCCGCGCAUUCCCCUCCGCAAAGAUCGCCUACUAAACCCCAUUCCUCCCCAGCACGAGCUCCACUUGACUCAACUCGAGCGGCACCAGGAGGGAGAAGGAAGGAGCAGGUGCUCCGCCGAGAAGAACAAGCCAGGGUUCUGCGUCCUGCUCUGCUCUCUUCUCAUCGUUCUGGGGGUUUUUCUUCUUCUUCUGUGGGGUUGAUUAAACUGAAAGAUGGUUCUGAAGAAGCUGCUUCAACUCUUUGGAGUAGGCAAGAAGAUGAAGGAUGACAAGAAGAAGAAAGGAAAGUCCAUCGAUCCUCUUUCCCAAGGUGCUGCACCAAAUUCUACUCUUAACAUCCUUGCAAACAGCAGUCAUUUGGAUCCCUGUUCAAGUGAAGCUGGUACGGCGUUAUCACUGCAUAAGCAUGGCCCUGAAUUUUCAAGCAAUAUAUCGACGAUAAAGGAAGUACAUGGAUUUGAAAUGGUGGACUACGAUCCAGUUAACCAGUUUGAUGUUGUUCAAGAUUACUCGGACCACCACUAUGCAAAGACUUCACCAGGGAAUACCACCAAAGAUUGGGCGAAAACAAUCCAAAAUGAAUGGAAGCUUCUACAGCGGGAUCUACCUGAGUCUAUAUAUGUUAGAGUUUAUGAGGAUAGGAUUGAUCUGAUUAGGGCUGCUAUUGUUGGGUCUGCUGGAACUCCAUAUCAUGAUGGUCUGUUCUUCUUUGAUGUUCACUUUCCUCCUGAAUACCCGCGAAGUCCACCGAAAGUCCAUUACCAUUCGGGUGGGCUGCGGCUAAAUCCAAACCUGUAUGCAAGUGGAAAAGUAUGCCUUAGUCUGCUGAACACUUGGCCAGGUUCUAGAUCUGAGAAGUGGGGCAAGUCAAAGUCCACCAUGCUGCAGGUGUUGGUCUCCAUCCAGGGCCUAGUGUUGAAUGCUAAACCAUACUUUAAUGAGCCAGCCAUCCUUAUCCGUAGAGAAAAGCAUUCCUUGGCAUAUAAUCAGACCACGUUUGUACUAUCCUGCAAGACAAUGUUGUAUUCACUUCAGAAGCCCCCAAAGCAUUUUGAGACCAUUAUCAUGCGCCAUUUCCAUGAGCGUGAGCGGGCCAUCCUGGAGGCAUGUGGUGCAUAUGCAUCUGGCAAGAUCGUUGGAUCAUCGGUCAAGGAUGGCCGGACAUACACCCCCAACAAGUGCUUUGGGCGUUUUAAGGAGUCCCUGGAGGCACAGACCGAACUUCUUGCGAAGGAGCUAGCCGCGAACAGGAUUCGUGCGCUAGAAGUGAAGAGAGAUUCUACAGAUGAGAUCGUGUCUACCAGCUAAGAUUCUCUUCUGUCAGAAGAUAUC